AUGCACGAACUUAAUAUUAAUAGCAAACGGAGCGAAUCCGAGCCAGUUUUAGAAUCCCUGGAGGACUACCAAAUUCUUGAACCAUUCGACCAAAGAGAAGAAGGUUUCGAGUUCGUGGAAGGCCAGUUUGACCUUGCCUUCCCCGUACCUGUCAAUGAAUCGUCCGCUUUUUCAAAGCAAGAACCCUAUGGAGGCGGUGGCUCUAGUAAGGAUGAAGGUUUUAUAUUAUUGCCACCGAGGGGAUCCCAUUCCGUUGAACACAUCCCAACAACGAUUGUAGAGUACGCUUCCCCGGGGCAGCUAUCCGUUUCCCCGCGCUCCUCUUCCCCUAAUCCCCCAUUAGGUCAAAUUCCGGCCAUUGGGUAUCAAGAUUUAGGGGAACCCCUUUACUAUCGCUGCCCUAAGCGAAGUCCAGGACGAGGCCAAGGAGAAUACACGCAAGGGCGCUGGGAUCCACCAUCCCGUUCUAGGCAGCUAAGUCUAGGGGACCAGAUGUACUAUCGCCGUCCCAAUAGAAGUCCAGCACAAGUCCGAGGAGAAUCUCUACAACUAGUGCCACCACUCACGAGCGGAGGUCAUGAGAUGGACCAUGGGUUACCUAGAUUGGAACUUUCCGCGGGAACCUUUUUUCCGUUUAGUUUCAUACCAGGUUUUCGGCAACCUCCCGGAUCUAGCGCGCCAAUACUUGCUAUGUCUCUCUUUGGGCCACCUUCUCUUGCACUACGCGAUAAUCGGGGACCAGUUAACCUUUAUUCCGGCCGUGGAUUCAUUAUUCCACAUCCACUAGAUCCUAGCUUUCCUCAGUUCAUCCUGAGGGAGAGCUAG